AAAGAAUUGGUCCUUCGAGCAAAAGAACUAGUCCUUCGAGUGGAAUAUAAGUCCUUUUUAUCCACUAAAUUACCGGCGGAAUAUACAUUUUCAAAAUGAGUGAAGAUAAGGCAAAGUUAAAAGCUCUCGUCGCCGAGCGGGGAUAUAUCAAGGGGACUUUGUCACGACUAAACAACUUUUGCCACGAUGCUGAUGCAAUGGCGGCUACCUCGCGUGAGGCCUUACGUGAAAAACGUCUUCGCAUGUCGGAGGCUUUUCAAGAAUAUAUGCAGUUAAACAAGGCGAUUUUAGUGCUGGCCGACGAGGACGCUGAAAAUUACGGCGAAUAUGAGGACAAAUAUUACGAGUCUGUUGGGCUGCUGGAUAAAGCCUGCUCAGGUCCACAAACCGAGGCCAAACCGAAUGGCGGUGAGAAUUCUAACCAAGGUACGUUUAAAAACCUUCCAAAGAUUAAUUUACCCAAUUUUAAUGGGGAGAAAGUGGUAGAAUAUUAUCCUUUCAUUAACAUGUUUCGUUCUGUGAUUCACACAGACAAAAAAUUAAGUUCAUGCGAAAAACUUUAUUACUUACGCUCUUAUUUGAGUGGGGAAGCCUUAGAGCUUAUAAGAAAUUUACCUUUAACCGACGAUAAUUACGUCACAGCUGUCAAACUCUUAGAAAAGAGGUAUGACAAUACCCCUAAAAUUAUUAACUAUCAUGUGGACAGCUUACUGGAUUUGCCUGCUUUUACUAAAUGCACUGCACACAACCUGCGUUCCCUCAUUAGCACUGUUAAUGUUAACAUGGAAGCCUUAAAAAACUUAAAACAGCCAGUGGAACAUUGGGAUAUACUUCUCAUUAACAUACUAGCUAAAAAGAUUGACAUCUAUACUUACCGGGGUUUCCACCUUGAGAGAAAUGCUAGAGAAGUUCCCACACUAUCUGAAUUUCUUGAUUAUUUAGAGAAGCGUGCAUUGGCACUGGAAAACACCUCGGAGGAGAAGCAGCCAUCAUUUACUGCAAAGUCUACGCGAGCUCCUAAAGUCAGCGGGGUAGCGGCAGCAGAGAAGCCUCAGCCAGCAUGUCUUGCAGCGUGAAUCGCUGCCCCUCACGCCGUCUGGGCCGUUUUUAAUUAACACCUGCUUCGGAUAUGUUGUCGCCGGGACUUUACCAGUUUCAUCUGGCAAGAUUUAUUCUUCUAAUCAUUGUAUUAAUAUUAAAGUAAGUGAACCCGUGCAUACAUACCUAUCAGGGCAGGCAGCAAAAACAAAUUUAAUAUCGGAC